AUGUCCCCAUACCGGCUUGUUUAUGGGAAAGCAUGUCAUAUUCCGGUUGAACUGGAGCAUAAGACCUACUGGGCAGUGAAGAUGUGCAAUAUGGACCUAGAGGAAUCUGGUCUGGAAAGGAAGUUGCAGUUACAGGAACUAGAAGAGAUGCGGUUGGACGCUUAUGAGAGUUCCCUCAUAUAUAAAGAGAAAACCAAGCAGAUUCAUGACCAAAAGAUACUGCGAAAGCACUUUCAAGUUGGUGACCAAGUACUACUUUUCAAGGCCCGAUUUGCACUCAAACCAGGAAAGUUUAAAACCCGUUGGGAUGGGCCAUACAAAGUCACCAAAGUGCAUGACUUCGGGACGGUAGAGCUACUUGAUGAGGCUAGUGGAUCAGAAUUCAAAGUCAAUGGACACCUUCUCAAGCUCUACCACGAUAGUACAAAACCUCCAUGA